AUGUCCCAAAUCGAUCUAAUAGCAAUUAUUUUCCCCAAGGAGGGGAAAGCAGAUAGGGUUGCAGAACUCCUCAAUGAAAUCUCUAAACAUGUCCACGCAACUGAGCCUGGGACAUUGAAAUAUGAGGUUAACAAGGAAGUCAACAAGAAAUCUGGUGCUGAGGAAAUUAUCAUGUUGGAGAGCUAUAAGGAUAAAGCUGCGAUUGCAAGUCAUGGAGCCUCGGAGGAAUUCAAAGCUUUUGGAAAGAAGUUGAAGGAUGAGGAUCUUAUUGCUAAGCCUAUGCAAUUGAAGUUUCUGAAGAAUGUUGGAGGUUUUUCGUCGAGGUUGUGA